CAGCGGAGUACCGCGACUCUCUUGAAUCGGCCCAGAUCCACUGUGCUAGCUGGGAUUGGACAACAUUCUACAGGCCACAAUCAACUCGCUGCAAAAUAGAUGUGUCCCGGAGGAGGCAGCGACCACUUCUUAUGUGAUGGGGUUGGGUCAUCCCAAGGAUCCCGGAAUGCACGGACGGUGUUAGUGGGGGGAACAGGAAGUUCCGGACAGAAGCGCACCAUUAUUCAGUGUAAAGAAAGCGCCAGAACGGUGCAGUGAAGAAGAUAACAUUCUUGUCCUUUUCUAUUUAUUACUACAGGCCGACUCAGAUUAAGUCUGAGGCCGGUAACAUCAACAGUGAGGACAAACCCAACCUGCCUCUCUCCUUCCAAACUGAGUCCAAACCUACAGUCACUGGGUCCUGAUUGUGACAGACGAGCCCAGUUUGCACUGCAGGAUCCAUAGAUGGCAUCAGUGAAGCUGGAAGACUGCAGUCCAACAAUGGAACUGAAUAUUGACAUUAAAGAUGAAGAAGAGGAGGAGAAGAUUAGUCAUGGUAUGAGGCCGGUAACAUCAACAGUGAGGACAAACCCAGCCUGCCUCUCUCCUUCCACACUGAGUCCAAACCUACAGUCACUGGGUCCUGAUUGUGACAGUGGAGCCCAGUAUGCACUGCAGGAUCCAGAGAUGGCAUCAGUGAAGCUGGAAGACUGCAGUCAAACACUGGAGCUGAAUGCCAACAUUAAAGAUGAAGAAGAGGAGGAGAAGAUCUGUGGGAAAUCUGUUUCUCAUGGACGACUAGAAUUAAGUCUGAAGCCGGUAACAUCAACAGUGAGGACAAACCCAGCCUGCCCGUCUCCUACCACACUGAGUCAAAACCUACAGUUACGGGGUCCUGAUUGUGACAGUGGAGCCCAGUUUGCACUGCAGGAUCCAGAGAUGACAUCAGUGAAGCUGGAAGACUGCAGUCAAACACUGGAGCUGAAUGUCAACAUUAAAGAUGAAGAAGAGGAGGAGAAGAUUGGGAAAUCUGUUAAUCAUGGAGACCAUGUUGAGACAUUCUCUAUAUCCAAAGAGAAACAGCAGGAAGAUCAUGGAGCUAAGAGGUCUCACCACUGCCCACAUUGUGAGGAGAAUUUCCCAAUUCUAUCAAAGCUAAAAAUACACCUAAAAAUACACACAGGAGAGAAUCCGUAUUCCUGUACUGACUGUGGGAAGAGAUUCACAACAUCAGGGAAUCUGACAGUUCAUCAGAGAGUGCACACUGGAGAGAAGCCUUACUCCUGCCCUGACUGUGGAAAGAUUUUCUCUCGACUGAGCCACUUAAAAAGACAUGAACAUAUACAUACAGGAGUGAAGCCUUACUCCUGCUCUGACUGUGUUAAAUGCUACACAACAUCAGCUGAGCUAAAACGUCAUCAGAGAGUGCACACUGGAGAGAAGCCUUACUCCUGCUCUGACUGUGGAAAGAGUUUCUCUCGACAGGGUUUUUUAAAAGCACAUGAACUUAUACAUACAGGAGUGAAACCUUAUUCCUGCUCUGACUGUGGGAAGAUUUUCUCUCAACUGGGCAACUUAAAAAGACAUGAACGUAUACAUACAGGGGUGAAGUCUUACUCCUGCUCUGACUGUGUAAAAUGCUUCACAUCAUCAACUGAGCUAAAAGUCCAUCAGAGAACACACACAGGCGAGAAGCCUUACUCCUGCUCUGACUGUGGAAAGAGUAUCUCUCUACUCUGCAAUUUAAAAACACAUGAACGUAUACAUACAGGAAUGAAGCCUUACUCCUGCUCUGACUGUUUAAAAUGCUUCACAACAUCAACUGACCUAAAAGUCCAUCAGAGAACACACACAGGCGAGAAGCCUUACUUCUGCUCUGACUGUGGAAAGAGUUUCUCUCAAUUGUGCCACUUAAAAAGACACCAAGGUAAACAUAAAGGAGAGACGCUUUACCACUGAUCUGACUGUAGAAAAUGUUCCAAAACAACAGCUGAGCUAAAAGGUCAUCAGAGAACAGACACCGGAGAGAAGCCUUACUUCUGCUCUUAAUUUGGCAAGAGUAACUCAAGUAAAAGUAUAUGGGUAUUUGGUUGUAAAUAUACCUUAGUUUCAAAAGUAAAAGGGAAUCAUUUCAAAUUGCUUAAAUGAACCUCUAUGCGAUGGGUGUCCUCUAACCAGGACGGUUGUUGCUAACUUCUCCAAUGUGACUAGAAUGACGUUGUAUACAACAGCCAACUUUCCAGGACAUAGACAUGACUUUCUAUCGGCAGAAAGCUUAAAUUCUUGUUAAUCUAACUGCAGUGUCCAAUUUAACAGUAGCUAUUUCAUUGAAAAAAAUACCGUGCUGUUGAUGAGUAGAGUGCACAACAACUUUUAUCAUGGCAACUGGUUUAAUACAUUCACCUCUGAAGGUCAAUAGUGUACUUGCAUUCAGUAAUCUUUCUCUGAUUUGUCAUCAUGAGGGUCCCACAGAUAAAAUGUAGCAUAGUUUAAUUUGCUAAAAUGUUCAAAUGUAGGAACUGGGUUCUACAUUUUGAACCCCUGUUGUCUCUGGCUCCACACCUACCCCGCCUGGCCAUCUAGAUGUGUGAAAGUUAGUGAAUAAGCUAAUGAUCAAUCAUGUAUGAAAUUCCUGUCAGUGUGUAAACUUAAAUGUUUAAUUACCAUAGCAUUUUUGUAUGUUCUCUAUAGUUGUGUACUUAAAUGUAUCAAUUGACCAAUUCAGCACAUUUGGGGAAACUCCUGGCAGAUUUGAUACAGUGCAGUAAUGUAAUUCUUCGCUGGAUCAGUCAAACUUUUCACACACUGCUGCCAUCUGGUGGCCAAAAUCUAAAUUUCACCUAGACUCCUAUCUGAAAGUAUGGCAUUUCUCUUGCAUUUCAAAGAGGAAAAAGAAAAUGACAGGUAUUUUGUUUGUAAUAUCUUUUACCAGAUCUAAUAUGUUAUUUUCCAACAUUAAUUUCCUCAAACUUCAAAUGGUAGCAAGAAUAUGCAUAUCCUUCAGUUGCUGAGCUACAAGCAGUUAGAUUUGGGUAUGUGUUGCAUCCUUAAGAUGUUUUUAAGCAAACCAGACGGCACAAUUGAGUGUUUUUAUUUGUUAUACAGGUAACCCCACUACCCCCCCCCCCACCCCCAACCCCAGUCUGAUGGUCACUCCCUGCAGAGGACAGGUAACCCCCCCCCCAGUCUGAUGGAUAACCAGGGACACACUCUAACACCAUUAACAAGCAAAGCAUUUGUGUUUAGUGAGUCUGCCAGAUCAGAGGCAGUUCGGAGGACCAGGGAUGUUAUCUUGAUAAGUGCGUGAAUUGGACCAUUUUCUGUCCUGCUAAUCAUUAAAAAAUGUACUUUUGGGUGUCAGGGAAAAUGUUUGGAGUAAAAAGUAUUAUUUAGUCAAAUAAAAGUAAAAGUUGUUGAAUAUAAAUAGUAAGGUACAGAUACCCCCCCAAAACUAUUUAAGUAGUUCUUUAAAUAAUUUUUACUAAAGUACUUUACACCACUGCAUGCAUCCCUGCCGUGUGUCAGCAUUGCAGGCUGGUGGUGUGUUGGUUGGGGUGUGUUUUCAGGGCACACAUUGGGGCACACAUUAAUAAAAGUUGAGUAAUGUUUGAAUGCCACAGGAUAUGUAAACAUCAUUGCCAAUCAGGUGCAUCCCUUCAUGGCAGCAGUGUAUCCAUAUCCUGCAAAUUGAUUCUUUCAGCAGGAUAAUGUCUUAAGCAUUUUAGCACAGUUAAAUAGUUAACACACACACACGGAUGCAGCGGUCGGCAACAGUCCCUCGUUUGAAUCCUGGCUGUAUCAAAUCCGGAUGUGAUUGAGAGUCCCAUAGGGCCGGGCACAAUUGGCCCAGUGUCGUCCGGGGUAGGCCGUCCUUGUAAAUAAGCAUUUUGUUCUUAACGGAUUUGCCUAGUUGAGUAAAGGUUACACAUACCACACCACACCGACCAAACAGUUAUUUUGUUGGCAUUUACGUAUGUCCACAUUACCAGUAAAACAUCAUCAAAACCUA